AUGGCUAUGUUUGAGUAUUAUCUUAUUUUCUUGAUUCCUCUAUGCAUAAUUAUCCUCAUAUUCUUCAAAUUCGAAAACCGCCGAAAAGGGUCGACCCCGACGAAUUGGCCCGUAGUCGGGAUGCUCCCGGGCCUCGUCGGAAACGCUCAUCGGAUUCACGAUUACAUCACCGAAAUCCUGAGGGAAAACGGGGCCACGUUCGUGUUCAAAGGUCCGUUAUUCACCAACAUGGACAUGGUUUUCACUUGUGAUCCCAUCAAUAUAAACCACAUUUUCAACAAAAGGUUCUCGAAUUAUCCGAAGGGCCCCGAAUUCCAGAAGAUAUUCGAAAUCAUGGGGGACGGUAUUUUUCGCUCCGAUUUCGAAAUGUGGGAGCUCCAGAGAAGGCUAACGCUCUCCAUCGUAAACCAGGUCGGUUUCUACACUUCGGUGGAGAAAACGACCUGGGGAACGGUGAGAACCGAGCUAGUCCCGGUUCUCGACCAUUUCCUCCAGCGAGGAAUCGAGAUGGAGAUGCAGGAUAUUCUAGAGAGAUUUGCGUUUGAUAACAUUUGUCAUCUUUUAUUUAAUCACAAUCCAUGCAGUUUAUCGACCGAUUUCCCUCACGUUCGUUGCGAAAAGGCAUUGGGCGAUGCAUUGGAGCCACUUCUUCAUAGGCAUAUUUGGCCCGAGUCCAUUUGGAGGCUGCAAAAUUGGCUGAAUAUUGGCAACGAGAAGAAGCUUACGGAAGCUUCCAAGGCAUUCGACGACUUCUUACACCGUUGUAUAACGUCCAUGGAGGAUAAAGAUCAAACGACUAAUGACGUUAACAUAUUCGGCAUUUUCAAGAAAGCGUACGAGGAAAAUAGCAACAAAAUCCGUUUCGCCGGCGAUUUGCGACUGUUUCUGAGGGACGGUUUCCUAGGGUUGUUGAUCGCAGGAAGAGAUAGCUUGAGUACAACCCUAAUAUGGUUUUUCUGGCUCUUGUCCGAAAACCCGUCUGCCGAAACCAAGAUUCUUGAAGAAAUCGAGAAUGUAUUAUCGUUAUCGUUGCACGACGAUUUGAGAUUUUUCGAUGUGGAAGAGUGCAAGAAGCUAGUUUACCUCCAUGCAUGCUUUUACGAAACCCUAAGGCUAUACCCCGCGGUCCCUUUGGAGCUCAAAUCUUCGAUUCUACCCGAUACCCUUCCGAAUAAUAUCGAAGUGAAGAAAAAUACGAAAAUCGUGCUUUCUUUUUACUCGACGGGGAGAAUGGAGAGCGUGUGGGGAAAGGAUGCCUUGGAGUUCAAGCCGGAGAGAUGGAUUUCCGAUCGAGGAGUUUUGAGGAACGAGCCUUCGUUUAAGUUUCCGGCAUUUAACGUGGGGCCGAGGAGCUGCCCCGGUAAGGAGAUGGCUCUUGUCGAGAUGAAGAUUGUGGUUGUUGCUAUUAUGCACCGCUAUCGUGUUCGUGUGGUGGAGGGCCAUCGGGUUUCGCCGUCCGAUUCGGUUUUUCUUAAGACGAAGCAUGGGUUGAAGGUCAGGUUGUUAUCAAGAAAAGAUGCAUGA